AACAUAAAAAGGAACCACCUAGUUAGACCCUUGAAAUUAUAGACCAAUCCCACAUAUAUCCAGCCAUGUUGGAGUCUCAGAAAUUGAAGAACAUGCAAAAAAUGAAAUGUUAUGCAUAUAUCAUUGCUGGGGUAGUGUUCCAGACCAUAAUAAUUCUUGUUUUCGCAUUGACAGUGAUGCGCAUCAAAACUCCAAGCGUAAGGCUAACAUCUGUGACGGUCCAAAAUCUCAAGUAUAAUACAACAGGCUCUCCUACCUUCAGCAUGAAUUUAAUUGCUGAAAUUGCAGUGAAGAAUAAGAAUUUUGGCCAUUUCAGGUUUGAUAAUACCACUACUAAUGUGACUUAUGGGGAUGUGAUAGUGGGUGAUGGUGAUAUUAUUAAGGGACGUGCCAAUGCUAGGAAGACCAAGAGGUUUAAUGUCACAAUUGACAUUAGCUCCAAUGGGGUCACAGAUAGUGCAAAACUGACCAAUGAGCUAAAAUCUGGGAAUUUGACACUGACUGGUCUUGCGAGUUUGAGAGGUAAGGUGACACUGAUGAAGGUGAUGAAGAAGCGCAAGACUGCAAAGAUGAACUGUACAAUGACUGUUCAAUUGGAAACCAGGGCUGUUCACAAUUUGGAUUGCGAAUGACAUGUCUGGUCCUUCAAUAUAUUUUCCUUUUUUCAAUAAUUUAAAUGGCCCUUGGAUUCGUGUUGAUAUAGUCUGGGGUUAAUUACUUAUUUCUUAUAAUUUAUUUCUUCAUUGUAAUAAAUAGAGCUUAAGUCUCCUAAACUAAACUUCAUAUUAUUUCACUA